GCUCCAUUUGUCUGUCUGUUUAAGUUUCACGUGACGUGUGUGUGGUUUCCGGGAGCGCGCGGGGCUGUGAGCAGAGUCAGGUGAGGCGGAAGUGCAGUGUGGAGAGAAAAGAGGCUCGCGCGGCUCACCUGUCCAGGUGUACGACCAGACAGAGACAAAAUGAGUAACCCCAUCCCGUCCAAUCUCAAGUCGGAGGCCAAGAAAGCUGCCAAGAUCCUCAGAGAGUUCACUGAAAUCUCCAACAGGAACGGGCCCGACAAACUCAUCCCCGCUCAUGUGAUCGCAAAGGCCGAAGGUCUGGCCAUCAUCUCCGUCAUCAAGGCCGGCUUCAUGAUCACAGCCAGAGGAGGCAGCGGCAUUGUCAUUGCCAGGCUGGCCGACCGACGCUGGUCAGCACCAUCUGCCAUCGGCAUCGCCGGUCUGGGAGGAGGCUUCGAGAUCGGCGUGGAGGUGUCUGACCUGGUGAUCAUCCUGAACCAGCGCAGGGCGGUCGAGGCCUUCACAAAGGGCGGGAACCUGACGCUGGGCGGGAACUGCACUGUCGCUAUGGGACCCGUCGGCAGGAACGUGGAGGCUGACGUGGCGAUACGCAGCCCAGCGGCAGUCUUUACCUACUGUAGAUCCAAAGGUUUGUUUGCUGGUAUUUCUCUGGAGGGAUCAGGCCUGAUCGAACGCAAAGACACCAACCGCAAGUUCUACUCCCGAGAAAUCCGGGCGUCAGCCAUUUUGAACGGCGACGUAGAGCCGCCGUCAGAAUGCUAUGACCUCUACCACAUCCUAGAUGUCUACACCGAGGCCUACUGCGCCGACUGGACCAGCAAGAACAUGCGUCAGAAGUCAUCUCUUCCGCCAUCCAGACCACCACCUCCACCUCAGCAGAGACCGUCAAACACCUACGUGCCGUCACCAUCAGCCAGCUACCAACAACCAUCAGCCGGCUACCAGCAACCAUCAGCCGGCUACCAGCAACCAUCAGCCGGCUACCAACAACCAUCAGCCGGCUACCAGCAACCAUCAGCCGGCUACCAACAACCAUCAGCCGGCUACCAGCAACCAUCAGCCGGCUACCAGCAACCAUCAGCCGGCUACCAACAACCAUCAGCCGGCUACCAACCACCUCCAACCAGCACUGACAAGAACAAGCUGUACCCGAGUGUCUCCAUCUAUAAGUCUGAGACAUCAGGUGGAGCACUGCCGGUGGGCGGGGCAGGCGGGCAGCUGGUCGUCACAGCAAUCCACCCGUUCACGGGGCAGCAGCCUGGUGACCUGAGCUUCACCCCUGGCGACCGCAUCACCGUCCUCAACAAGACCGACUCCCAGUACGACUGGUGGGAGGGGCAACUGAUCGACGGGCGCGUCGGGAUCUUCCCUGCCAACUUUGUCACAUACUGAACCCCCCCCCCCCCCCCCCCGUGGUCUGACGCUGGAACUGCAGCUGAGUGACGGUUUGUACGGGAAGCAGGAGGGGUCAAGUCCACUAAAACUUCAGGGUUUGGCUUCAGAAUCGAUUCAUUAAAAUUGAUCCGCAAGUCGUGAAUGAAGUAAAAUAUGUGACAUCAUCGUAUGAUAUCAUGACGUGGCGCUCUGGGACAUUUCUUGCUGAUUUAAAGACAAAAUAAUAAACUAAUAAAAUAAUAAACAGAUCAUUUAAUAUGUAAAAUAACAGUUAGCUGUAAUUUAUGAAAAAUAAGUUGUUUUAAAUUUAAUGGAAAAUUCUGCCAAAAAAAAAAAAAAUAUAUAUAAUUUUGGCACCAAUGUUCUUACGUACAUGUUGAAUUAUUUACACACUGUUAGAAAUGUUAAAAUAUUGCCUGCUGUUUUCUGACUAAAAGUUCGCGUUAAAAUGAAUUAAUUCAAAUUGUGCCGAUUAUUGAAUUAAAUUUUUUACCAAAGUACGUUUCUCCUUUCAGGAAACAUUGUCGAUUCAUUUAUGAAAUUACAGACGUGUUUUCAUGAAUCUGCGUUAGUUUGGGAGAAAUGAGGAAAUGAAAAAUGAGAAUUAAAAAACAAUUUAGUUUUGAAUUUAAAAAAAUAAUGAUUCCAUUAUUUUGACAUAAAAAAAAGUCUUUUCCACAUUAAAAUCACAAGCUCUACUUUCACAACAAAUUGAUUCAAAUUUAAAACUUCAUUUGGAUUAAAAAAAACUGUUAUCAGAGUUUUAAAUUUGUUAAAAUAAAUGUUUAAUAUUUUCUGAUGUGUUAAAACUAUUCAGUGUUGCAUUCAGGGGACUUGGGAGCGUUGGAAACUUGGGCACUUUGUUCUGUCUGUGUUUGUGUUUACUUCACUGGUGAAUCUUUGACUUCUCAAACACCCACUUCCUGUCCUUUCCCUUCAAUAUAAAACAGACAAACAUAAGAGUUUUACAAAACACUUUUUCUUUUAUUUUCACUAAAAUGCUUUUUAAAAAUAUUUUUUCAAACAGGAUAAGGGUGAUCUUUUUUUGACAUUGAACUGAGAUGGAUCAAUGUUACUUUUCUUGACAGUGUUUAAAGCUUCAUCUGUUACAGCUGCUGAACGGGAUGUUUUAUACUUUAUAUAUGUGAUGAAGGUGAAGGUGAUGAUGAUGAUGUCAGGAAGUUUGAUUAUAAUAAUCAGCUGGUGAUUUUAAAUGUCAGAUUGUUUAAGAAAAACAAAUAAAUGUCAUUUGUAAAGAA